AUGGAUACUCCUAAUAGCAAGCAAUACUACAAGGAGGAAAUGGAUAUGACUUACUUGGUAAGCAAUGAUCGCGUGGAUAGGCAUGGUAAGAUUGCCGAUAAACGAACAACCGGAGGAUGGAAGGCAACUCCCUUUAUCAUAGUGAAUGAGGUGAUAGAGAGGUUGGCGUUCUUCGCGAUUGCAGUGAACAUAACUACUUAUUUGGUAGCUGAAAUGCACCAAUCAAUUCCGGAUGCUGUUACUCAUGUCACUGACUGGAUUGGAGCUGCUUAUGUCCUCACUCUUCUUGGAGCUUUUCUAGCUGAUGCUUACCUUGGUCGAUUCAGAACCAUCGUCGUUUUCUCUGCCAUAUAUGCUGUGGGAAUGGUUUUACUGACAGUUUCGGCCUCCUUUGACACAUUGCGCCCACAAACGGGCAAGAAAGCAAGCAAUUACCAAGUCUCAUUCUUAUACGGUGCACUUGGCCUCAUCGCCUUAGGUACCGGAGGAAUUAAACCUUGUGUGUCUUCCUUUGGAGCUGACCAAUUUGAUGAGGGAGAUGAGAAAGAAGUCCAAAUGAAAUAUUCAUUUUUCAAUUGGUUUUACUUUGCCAUUAACAUGGGUGCAAUUCUUGGAAUUACACUAUUGGUUUAUAUACAAGACAAACUAGGGUGGAGUUGGGGUUUUGGAAUUCCCACAGUUACAACAAUUUUAUCUAUUGUUGUUCUAGCCGCUGGUGUUCGGUACUAUCGUUUUCAAAAGCCAAUGGGAAGCCCUUUUACCAGGUUUCUUCAAGUUAUCGUAGUUUCUAUCAAGAAACAUCGAAGAGGAGUUUUAGUACAAAAUGAAACUUCUCUCUAUGAAGUUGAAACCACAUACUCGGAUAUUAUUGGCGCUCGCAAGCUUCCUCACACUCGACAAUACAGGUUUUUCGACAAAGCAGCAGUUAUCGCUGAAAAGGACACAAUUAGCAACAGAUGGUGUUUAUGCACAGUUACACAGGUCGAAGAAUUCAAAUCCUUCAUUAAAGUUCUUCCAAUAUGGGCAUCAACCAUAGCUCUUGCUAUUUCUUUUUCUCAAAUGUCAACCUUUUUUCUAACUCAAGCCAAUGUCAUGAACCGAAAACUAGGAAACAACUUCGAAAUCCCAGUAGGCUCAAUUCCUGUCUUCGGUGCCAUCAACGGCCUCAUACUUGUACCCUUCUACGAAAAAUUCAUAAUACCAUUUCUCCGAAAGUUCACCGGCCACCACCGCGGCAUCACAUCGUUACAACGAAUGGGAGUUGGACUUUUCAUCUCAAUCUUCGCUAUGGCUUCGGCUGCAUUGAUUGAAAAGAUAAGACGCGAACAUUACCCCAAAAAAAAUAGUAUGAGUGUAUUUUGGUUGUUGCCUCAAUUCUUUCUAAUAGGUGCUGCUGAAGUUUUUACUUAUGUGGGACAAUUGGAAUUUUUCUAUGACGAGGCAACGGACGGGACAAAAAGUAUUAGUAGUGCUUUGUUUUUGUCUGAGAUCGGAAUCGGAAGUUGGUUGAGUACUGCUUUGGUGAAGAUUAUUAUAGCUACAACUGGGGGACAAGAGAAAGGGUGGUUAAGGAAUAACCUUAAUAAUAGCAAGUUGGAUUUGUUCUUUUGGAUUUUGGCAGGUAUCAAUGCUAUCAAUUUCUUGGUUUAUUUGAUGGUGGCAAAAUUUCACAAAGGGAAAGGAUCAGCUGUGAGAGACGAGAUCAUGGUUGAACUUGAAUUUAGCAAUGGCCAACAAACACAAGCAUGA